AUGCAAUACUCUAAUAAGGAUAAAUAGAAAUAAGAGUUAAAUUUUCAAUUGUUGGAUGAACUUAGAGUGUUUGUGACUGGAACAUUUGCUGCUUUCACUGAAGAUGUGAAAUCGUAAAUAAAAUAAAACAAUGGAUAUUUUUAAAAUUUAGAUGGAGAAAAGGGUUGGAUAAUCCCCAUAAACAAUUAUUAGAAUUUGAUAACCAACAUAAGAUCAUAAUAGAUGGAUAUUGUAAUAAAAUAAUUGCCUCAAUUAUUGUAGAAGUUAUAAAAUCUCAACAUGAAAGAAAUUAAAUAUUUUGAUAAUGGAUAAUUGGUUACUUUGAAGUAUGAUAAUAUGAUAAAUUAUGAAUAAAUCGACAAAGCAUUGCAUGAAAAUUUGUAUUAAUAUCAAAGAGAUUGUAUUAAAUAAGGAUUAAAAUUUAAUGGUCGAAUUUUGAUUGCAGAUGAUAUGGGUGUUGGUAAGACAGUACAAUCUCUGGCUCUUGCAAGCAUGUAUAAAUAAAAUUGGCCUUUAUUAAUCAUGUGUCCUUCGCCAUUGAGAUUGAAUUGGUAGGAUGAAAUCAUACACUGGUUAAAAAUCUAUAAAACAGACAUCUAGUUAAUCAAUAGUGGUCGAGAAGGAAUAAGAAUGAAUGCCAAAAUAGUUAUAGUUUCAUAUGAUAUUGUUAGUAAAAUAAAAGAUAGUUUAAUGAGUAGAAAGUUUUAAAUUUGCAUAGCAGAUGAGUGUCAUUACUUAAAAAGCCCUUCAGCAAUCCGAAGUCAAGCAUGUGUUCCUAUUUUGAGAUAAUGCAUGAGAACAAUUUUAUUGACUGGCACACCUGCAUUAUCUAAACCAAGAGAUUUAUUUAAUUUGUUGAAUAUAAUUCGACCUGAUAUUUUUGGUAGUUUCAAGGAAUUUGGAUAUCGAUACUGUGAUCCAAAGUUGAGUAGAUAUACAAAAGGGAUUGAUUUUGAUGGUGCAUCAAACUUAAAAGAAUUGCACUUUUUGUUAACUAACUAUAUCAUGAUUAGAAGGUUAAAGAAAGAUGUUUUGAAUUAGUUACCUGAAAAGAGAAGGUAAAUAGAUGCACUUUUAAAAUAAUUGGGGAAUAUUGACAUUCAACAGCUUAUCAAUAAGGAUGCCAUUUUUUAGGAAUCCUCAAAGGACCAUAGCGAGCAAUUACUAUCUAUAAAUUCAAUUUUGUAGAAAUGUUAUAUGUUAACAGGCUAAGCAAAAAUAAAGGCAAUAAAGGAUUAUAUAAAUACAUUGUUUGAAAAUGAAAUCAAAUUUUUAUUCUUUGCUCAUCAUUAGGAUGUAUUGGAUGCAGUUCAGGAAUAUUGUGUAGAGAAUAAUAUUUAAUAUAUGAGAAUUGAUGGUAGCGUUAGUAUUGAAUAAAGACAUUUGAAUGUGCAAAUGUUUUAAAAUAAUGAGGCUAUUCGAAUUGCUAUUUUGAGUGUUACAUCUGCAAACUAUGGAAUUACAUUGACAGCAGCAUCAACCAUAGUCUUUGGUGAAAUGCAUUGGACUCCUGCUAUCAUGAUGUAAGCAGAGGAUAGGGCACAUAGAAUUGGUUAAGUUUAAUGCGUUGACUGUCAUUAUUUAAUUGGGGAUGGUACAUUAGAUGAUCAUAUUUUCAAUAAGAUAGAAAAUAAAAUGAAUACGGUCUCAAAUUUUAUUGAUGGAUAAAAAUAAAAUUUAGGUGCCUAAGAAUUUUCAGCAAACGAAAUCUUAAUGAAAGGUACUUAAAAGGCCUCAUUGAUUUCUGAUAAAUGCGAACCUGUCUUCUAAGAAGCAAAUGUAUAAUCUUCAAUCUAGACAUUAACUGAAGAUGAUAUAGAGGAGAUCUAUCAACUUCUAGAAUCUAAAGAAAAACAUAAAGAUUAAUCAUUUGAAUUAGAAUAACCAGAGAUUCAAUAAGAAAAUGUCAAUUUAAUUUAAGUUGAUCUUUCAAGUUAGAUAAAAAAUUAAUGUUCUUCUUUUAAAUCGCAAUUAUUGGAUAAAUAUUUGAGUAGCAACAAAGUAAAGAAAGAAGUAAUUGAUGAUAACAAAGAGCUUAACAAGAUAUAAAUGAUUAUUGAAUAAAACAAUUUAAUAGCUUUUGCAAAACCCUAAAAAUUAAGUUAUGAAUAUUUAUAGAGUCGAUUAGAUGGAGAUGACAAAUCAAAACAAAUAGGAUAAAAGAAACUCCUUCUCAAAUCAGCUAAUUAGUAAUCAAUAUCCAAAAUCAAUAUUGAACCUUUUGACUAAAUUUUAAAUUGA